AUGGCCCCCAAGAAGAGCAAGAAGUCCGGUGACAACAUCAACUCGCGCCUGGCGCUUGUGAUGAAGUCCGGUAAGGUCACCCUGGGCUACAAGUCUACCAUCAAGACCCUCCGCUCCGGCAAGGCCAAGCUGGUCAUCAUUGCCGCCAACGCUCCUCCUCUCCGUAAGAGUGAGCUCGAGUACUACUCCAUGCUGAGCAAGACCCCGGUCCACCACUUCUCCGGUAACAACAUUGAGCUCGGUACCGCCUGCGGUAAGCUCUUCCGCACUUCCACCAUGGCCAUCCUCGACCAGGGUGACUCCGACAUCCUCACCGGUACCGUCUAG